CCCAUAGAGACAGGCUCCUACAACAGCGCUGCAGACACACCGAUCCCCUACACCUCAUGUCAGAAGCGUUGACAGCUUUAUUAUGAUACAGUCGCAUUCGGCCUUUAAUAAUUUCCACGAAAACAGAAUUCCGGAUGGUUGCCAAUCAGGUUUUUUAUUAUUGGAUUAACGAGCAUCAGCCGCCAGCCACCGCGUUAUCCUGACAGGCCAGAGAUUUGUGUAGCUGGACAGGGAGGAGUCUCCGUUAUUCCUCCGUUAGCUGAAGCCAAGCCAGCAUGUUGGCGUUUUAACAAAAUACUCCAAGCUGUAGCUGCCGACAGGACCCAAAUGUGCUCUUAGAGGAUGGAUGUGAGUGCUGGUAGGGACAGCACCUGGAGGGGAGCAGCAGCAGCAGAUGAAGAUGAUGGGGGAGGAGGAGGAGGCAUGGAGGCUCAGGUUGUGCCGCUGGAGCUCUACGACUCUGCAAGGGCCAAAAUAGACGCAAAUCUCCGCUGGUUGUUUGCCAAAGCCUAUGGUAUAGAUCAUAUCCCUCCAGAUCUACAAGACCCUUUCUAUACAGACCAGUAUGAGCAGGAACAUAUCAAGCCCCCUAUCAUCCGCCUGCUAUUGUCUGGAGAUCUCUACUGCCGUGUGUAUGGACUCAUCCUUCCUGCUGAGCAGGCUGCCUCUCUCCAAAGCAACCAGUCUGUCAUCCAAGCACUGUCCAGGAAAGGCAUCUAUGUCCUGGAGAACAACAACACACCUGUUUCUGAUCUGGAUCUCAGCUCGUCCCCCAUCAAAAUGAGUUCUCACAUCCACCUCAUUGAUGCUCUGAUGAUGGCCUACACAGUGGAGAUGAUCAGCAUAGAGAAGGUGGUGUCCAGUGUGAAGCGCUUUUCAAACUUCAGUGCCUCCAAGGAGCUUCCUUAUGACCUGGAAGAUGCAAUGACCUUUUGGAUUAAUAAAGUGAACAUGAAGAUGAGAGAACUUACAGAGAAAGAGUGUAAAAUGAAGCAACAUCUACUUGAGUCACCCAGUCAUCAAAAGCCUGAUUUAUUGCAUGCUCUGGCCCAUUGCUUAUUGGAGCCUGUGGAGUUCUCUCAUGUGGUGCGCUACCGCAGAGAUCACCUGUCAGGUCGAACGCUUCAGCACUUCCCACUGUUGGAAGACUUGUUGAAGGAUGUGUGUGAUGGCACAGCUCUGCUCGCUGUCAUCCACUUCUACUGCCCAGAAGUCAUUAGACUGGAAGAUAUCUGCUUGAAGGAGGUUCCUUCCAUAGCAGACAGCGUGUACAACAUACAGCUACUAACAGAGUUUUCAAAUGAGUACCUGAACAAAUGCUUCCAUCUGAAGCCUGAGGACCUUCUGUACGCUCCACCAGUAUUAAAGAAUAAUGUAAUGGUCUUCAUUGCUGAACUUUUCUGGUGGUUUGAGAAUGUGAAGCCAGACUUUGUGCAGCCCAGAGACCUUCAGGAUAUGAAAGAUGUGAGACUACUGCUUCAACCUAAAAGUUCUCGGUCCUAUGUACCUGUCUCCAAUGUCACCAAACGAAGCUUCCUGCCUUCAUCAAACUCAGCUGACAUCUUGACCACAACCCGAAGUCCUGAACUCAGCUCUAAACCAACCACAACAAGCCAAUCUCACUCUUUGCUGCCACUGAGACAGAGGCAGCAGAAGGUGGCUCGGGAGAGCACUUCAGAGUUGAGAAAUAGGUCAAACUCUGUGACACAAACAGAUGGACAAUAUCAAGGCUCCAUACUGGCGUGGCCAGAGCGGAGGGCCAGGCCUUUGUCCCAGCCUGUGCCCUAUACCCUGAACUUUGCCACAGAGGACAACGCAGACAGCAUCAGCCUCGCUCGCUCCAUGAGCAAAGACAGUUUAGCUUCUAACAUCAUGAGCAUUACCCCCAAACACAUGCUGGCUUCAGGUCAUCCUCAGCACAGACUCAGUGGUCAAAGCUUGCUUAGUCACAUGCGUAUAGAAGAUGAAGAAGAAGAAAGAGAGGAAGAGGAAUUGGUUUCUGUCAUCCAUCCUUCUGCAUUUUCUCGACAUCGGCUUGGAAGUGACAUGGAACAGGAUGAGUUGGAAGUACAGAUUGCAACUUCAUCCUCAAGGGUUUCCAGUUCUUCCUGUGCUCUUGGGUAUGGUGCAGAUCCCCUUAGUUUGGACCAGCAGGCAGAAAGCUUCUAUCUGGAGCCUUUGAUGCCCACCGUCCCUAAGCCAGCCAAGGAAAAAAGCAUCAGUCUGAGCAAACAGCAGGAAAGUGGUGAGAGUCGCAGUAGAAUAGCUAAGAAAACAGCUACCAAUAUCCCAAGCACCUCUCAGAGAAAAUCAGCACCUGUGGUAGAAUCGCUUCGUAGCUCUCUCAGGCCAUCCACGGACGGGACAACAGGUGUUACUCAGUCUGGGAAAAAACAAGCCCAUGGUUUUUUCCUUCAUUUGUCAGGGGAACUAGACCUCCACACUCCAUUUUCCUCUAUGUUGGAGGCAGGGCAUGACUCUGACUCUGACAUUGCAGACCUUGAGGAAGAUGAGGAGGAGGACGAUCAGAUGGAUCCAACAAAAGGAGUGAAAACAGGAAGGGGAAAGUUCUUUGAGGAAAGAGACAUGACUGAAUUUGGAGAAGCAGAAGGAGAGUCAGCCAAACUCAGAGAGGACUUGAAGGUGAGCGAGCGGGAGGAUAAGGAAGACCUCAGUGGACGCUCAAGCCCUUGUCCCAGUACUGUAUCAUGGGCGAGCAGCUGUAGUGCUUCAGGCAGCACAAGUGUCAAGAUGACCAGCUUUGCAGAGAGGAAACUCCUAAAACUUGGUCUCCGUGAAGGAUACUCAAGUACCAGCAGCUCCCAAAAGACCACACCAGAUGGCUCUGAGACUGCUCCUUUGUCAUUAGUGAAGGAGCCUAGCUCUGUUUUUGGGAAUAAUAUAAUAGUUAGUCCUUCAGUUGUGCCUUCAGAGCUUCUUCAACUUCACAUGAAGCUGGAAGAGCAAAGGCGUGCAAUCGAGUAUCAGAAAAAGAAGAUGGAGACGCUGUCAGCAAGGCAGAGACUAAAGCUUGGGAAAGCUGCAUUCUUCAACAUUGUUAAGAAGGGUGGAGGGAAGAGUGACACACUUCCUUUACCACUUAAACACUCCCAGGAAUCUACUGGACUAACAUCUGCUGACAGGAGAAAAACAAAGACCCAGUCCUGCAAGGAUGAUUCCUGCCUUGAUAUGCUGAAAGGUCAAACAGAGGCAGGGCCGAUGAACAGAGAUAACAAGUGGUGCACUUUGUCUCAGGACAAUUGCUCUGAACCCGAUUUGAAUGAAUGCUCUCGCUCCAUAGAUCUACUCAACGAGGCCAUUAGUUCUAUUCAGCAACAGAUGACGCAACUCUCCUUACAGCAAGACCUACUGAUGAGGCAGGGUGUGACAUCACCCCCAGAGCCCGUGAAAACUCACCUAAGCACAACCCCCAACACAACACAAGAAACAUCCUCUACCUCAGAUUCCAAAUUGUAUGCAGUUCACUUUGUCGAUAUCAGUGGCAGCAGUUCUUUCCCUGUCCGCCGUCCUCCCAAGCUAAGUUCAAGCCUGCGGAGCAAAGGAUCAGAGCGGAAACAGAGUAAAGAAAACAGCAAGACGGCUUCUGUCAAGUCAAGCAUCCCAUCCGUAGACUUCACACUCUCUUCAAGAGAAGGUACACUUGGAGAGCUAGAAACAGGCAGUGUUGUUGAGAGCUCCAAAACUGAGAGAAAUAUUCAGAGAAAUGCCACCUUUAGAGUCCAUGAAUGUACCGGAGAUGGAAGUGGGCACUUCUCAGGUAAAAUAAAACCACAGGAACCACCAGUUAUCUGCAAGACAUUUGAAUCUCCAUCACAGGAUGGAGAUCAACAGGAGAUAAAAGCUGGAGGUGGUGAUGAGAGCACCAGAAUCAAGAGUCACCUGAUUGAGGUUGACUUGUCAGAGCUGAAGGAUCCAGUUGCAGACGACAGCGCAGAUGUUACAGACUGCAGAGCAGAAGGCGAGCAGAAGAAUGUGUUGGGCUUCUUCUUCAAGGAUGAUGAGAAGGCAGAAGAUGAAAUGGCAAAACGACGUGCUGCCUUCCUCCUCAAACAGCAGCGAAAAGCUGAAGAGGCAAGACUACGGAAGCUGCAGCAGGAGGCAGAGAGCGAGCUCAAGCGGGAUGAGGCUCGGCGUAAAGCAGAGGAGGAGCGUAUUCGUAAGGAGGAAGAGAAGGCGCGCCGAGAGCUGAUUAAACAGGAAUACCUGCGAAGGAAGCAGCAAGCGCUGAUGGAGGAGCAAGGUCUGGUCAAGCCUCGGACAAGAACUAAAUCUCGCAGGAACAGGCCUAAAUCACUUCACCGCGAAGAGUUCAACAGUCUGUCUAAAGGAUCCACCACACGUAAUUCUCUGAAGGUGUCCAUGUUAACUAAAGCCCAGAGCUCAGCAGCAGGCUGCAGGGGAGCUGAUCUGAGCUUUAGUCAUCGAGGAUCAACAGUCUCUUUGGUGACUGAUGCAGACAGUGUCAUCUCUGGAGGGGCAGAGUCAAACAGGGCUGGAUCUGUGUGCUCUAUGGAGUCGUUCCCCAUGCUGAGCAGGGCAUCCAGCAGGAACAUGGAACGAGACUGGGAGAACGGCUCCAUAGCCUCUUCCAUCACUUCAGCUGAAUACAAUGGUCCAAAACUCUUCAAAGAGCCGAGCUCCAAAUCCAACAAGCCAAUCAUCAUCAAUGCCAUCGCACACUGCUGCCUGGCUGGAAAGGUUAAUGAGGUCCAGAAGAAUGUUAUUCUUGAGGAGUUAGAAAAAUGUGAGUCCAACCACCUGAUCAUCCUCUUCCGUGAUGGUGGGUGCCAGUUCCGCGCCAUUUACUCUUACUCACCGGACACUGAGGAGAUCAUCAAGUUCACGGGCAACGGCCCACGAACCAUCACACGCAAGAUGGUCGACAAGCUCUAUAAAUACAGCUCAGACCGCAAGCAGUUCAACGUUAUCCCUGCUAAGAGCGUGUCUGUUAGUGUGGACGCCCUUACCAUCCACAAUCACCUCUGGCAGGUCAAGAGACCAGGGAGUGCGCGUAGGAAAUGAGCAAAAGAGACUCAGUUUCUAUUCUAUAAGCUACUGCUGGGCAGGACCCAAGACAGUCACGUCAUUAGAGAGGGGAUUAGAAGGUCUGUGCAGCGUACGUGUACAAUGUGAAACACCUGCCAGUUCACUGUUCUUUUUAUUUUGUUAGCUUUUUAUUUUGCAUGUCACACUUAGUAUUUGAAUUUGUAUGUGUCUCAUAUCAAUUAAACACCACUGAUGAUGGAUAUUUACUGUAUGUGGCAGUGAAGAGAAACUGGACCCUGGCUUCAAACAGUGUUGAAUCCCCCUACAUUACCAAACACAUUACUGAUACCAAGUGUUAGGACUGGCAGGCAGUGGUUAAGAUAGUGUAUUGUAAAGUUUGCUUUACCAGCUUUGCAAAAAAAUAUACCCUUCUGCUGUGAUUAAUCCAGCCUGCACAUACAGACUCUACUGCUGCUGCUGCUGGUACGUGCUGUCAUGAAGGAGCUUUGAAGAGACAUUUUUCAUGUAUGUGAGGAAUGAAUGCUAAUAUGUGGCAAUGUCUAGUCCGGUUUUCUGUUGAGUGUGUUUUGAGGAUGUGUGUGGUUCUUUGUGUUAGAGAGCUGAACGCACUGUGAUAGCAUUUGGUCCUGAAUGCGUUUACUCUGUUAUAAUGCUUUCAAACUUUUGUCAUGCAACUGCUGAUAUUUUUUUCCCUUUUUUGUUUGUUUGGAGCGCUUUGUUGCGGUUACAAUGGAAGAAAUAUGUUUUUAAGUAAAAAUAUUAUAGUUUAUUAUUUAUCUCAGACAGCAGGUGCUUUUUUAGACUACAGUAUAUUAGUCAUGCACCAUGUUGUAUUAUCUUCACACUGAUCUGAAAUCACUGACUGGCUCAUGCCACUGAACUGAACUGCUCCUAAAUUGCUCACUGUAUUCUGGCAACGUAAAAUUUUUAAUGUAGCCUUUGUGGCUCAAUGCUAGUAUUUACUGGUAACAACUGAUUUUCAGUGGCCAAUAAAAUGUUUUUGGGAAACUGCACAAUACUUGAUAUUUGUUUGCUGCAUUUUGUACAUUUUUAAGUAGUAUUUUUUUGUACGUAUUGUACAAGUUAUGUUCACUAAAAAGCAAGCACUAUUUUGAGGUUUAUUCUGUUACAGAGAUGUUAUGUGUUAUUUUACUGUUAUAUUUUAUGUUUAUUUAUUUUAAAAAGAUAUAAUAAAAUGCAACUAG